GACAUCUACGAAGAUCGGAUUACAAGAUGGCGGUCUGUGGACGUUAGCGCGGAGGCCGUUAGAGUUGUUGUGCUUUCUUUGAAUUUUACUGGUUUAUUAACAGGAUUUCUGCUUAGUCCCUUUACGUCGCGGACGUAAUAUGUUUAUGAAGUAGUCAAGGAAUCUGUAACCGCUGCCGUAAACUUUUAGCAGACGCGCAUGUUUUAUAACAUGCAGGUAGGAAAAAAGUUAACAGGUCGAGGAAAACACUAGACGGGGCGAGCUGAUAGCCUGUUAGCUCCCACUCGGUUUAGCCAUGUCGGACACUCGGCGGCGGGUGAAAGUGUACACCCUGAACGAAGACCGGCAGUGGGACGACCGGGGCACCGGACACGUUUCGUCCACGUUUGUUGAACGACUGAAGGGAAUCUCGUUGUUGGUUCGAGCCGAAUCUGACGGUUCGCUAUUGUUGGAGUCGAAGAUAAGUCCGAAUACGGCGUAUCAAAAACAACAGGACACGCUGAUUGUCUGGUCAGAAGCGGAUAAUUAUGACCUUGCCUUAAGCUUCCAGGAAAAGGCCGGCUGUGAUGAGAUCUGGGAGAAGAUUUGUCAGGUUCAGGGCAAGGACCCGGCUCUGGACAUCACCCAGGACCCCAUCGACGAGUCGGAGGAAGACCACUUUGAAGAGAUCCCAGAGACGACCCACCUGGUCGAGCUCCCUCCCUGCGAGCUAGGCCGGCUGGAGGAAAUAGCCGACCUGGUGACGUCCGUCCUGUCCUCGCCCAUCCGCCGGGAGAAGCUCGCCCUGGCGCUGAUGAGCGAGGGCUACAUCAAGAAGCUGCUGGGCCUCUUCAGGGUGUGCGAGGACCUGGACAACCGAGAAGGCCUGCACCACCUGUACGAGAUCGUGCGCGGCGUCCUGUUCCUCAACAAGGCGGCCCUGUUCGAGGUCAUGUUCUCCGACGACUGCAUCAUGGAUGUGGUGGGCUGCCUGGAGUACGACCCGGCGCUGGUGCAGCCCAAGCGCCACAGGGAGUUUCUGACCAAGACGGCCAAGUUCAAGGAGGUGAUCCCCAUCACAGACUCGGAGCUGCGGCAGAAAAUCCACCAGACCUACAGAGUGCAGUACAUCCAGGACAUAAUCCUGCCGACGCCGUCCGUCUUUGAAGAGAACUUCCUGUCCACGCUCACGUCGUUCAUCUUCUUCAACAAGGUGGAAAUUGUCAGUAUGUUGCAGGAGGAUGAGAAGUUCCUCACUGAGGUCUUUGCACAGCUUACAGAUGAAGCUACAGAAGAAAGUAAAAGAAGAGAACUGGUUAACUUCGUCAAGGAAUUUUGUGCUUUUUCGCAAACAUUGCAGCCACAAAACAGGGAUGCCUUCUAUAAAACCCUGGCCAACCUGGGGAUCUUACCUGCUCUUGAAAUAGUCAUGGGAAUGGAUGACCUGCAGGUGCGAGCAGCGGCCAUUGACAUCUUCUCUUACCUGGUGGAGUUCAGCCCAUCGAUGGUCCGGGAGUUUGUCAUGCAGGAGCCGCAGCAGACUGAAGAUGAUGUUCUCCUGAUUAAUGUUGUGAUCAAGCAGAUGAUUUGUGACUCUGAUCCAGAGCUGGGAGGGGCGGUGCAGCUGAUGGGUCUGCUCAGGACGCUCAUCGACCCUGAAAACAUGCUGGCUUCCACCAACAAAACUGAGAAGACUGAGUUCCUGAGUUUCUUCUACAAGUACUGCAUGCACGUCCUGACUGCUCCUCUUCUGGCCAACACGGCGCACGACAAGAACUCAAAGGAUCAACCAGAAGGAUCUGCAAAGAUUAACCCGGUGUGUCCAGACAACUUCCAAACCGCUCAGCUGCUCGCCCUCAUCCUGGAGCUCCUCACCUUCUGCGUGGAGCACCACACCUACCACAUCAAGACCUACAUCAUGAACAAAGACCUGCUCAGGAGAGUCCUGGUGCUCAUGAACUCCAAACACACCUUCCUGGCUCUCUGUGCGUUGCGUUUCAUGCGCAGGAUCAUUGGCCUAAAAGACGAGUACUACAACCGCUACAUCAUCAAAGGGAACCUGUUCGAGCCCGUCAUCAACGCCCUGCUGGACAACGGCACCCGAUACAACCUCCUCAACUCGGCCAUCAUCGAGCUCUUCGAGUUCAUCAAAGUGGAGGACAUCAAAUCUCUCAUCGCUCACAUCGUAGACAAUUUCUACAAAGCACUUGAAUCCAUCGAGUACGUUCAGACUUUCAAGGGCCUGAAGGGCCGCUACGAGCAGGAGAAGGACAGGCAGAGUCAGAAACUCAGCAGGUAUCGGCGAGACGCACGCUCUCUGGACGAGGACGAAGAGCUGUGGUUCAACGACGACGAGGAGGACGAAGACGGAGAGGCGGUGGAGAGGAGGAUGGACGAGGAAUUCUCCGACAGCUACGAAAAGUUCAUGGAAGCCAAAAAAGGAGCUGCCAACGGCGCCAACAGUGCCAAGUCUGCCCCCAUCCCAGCCGCCUCGCCAGCCGUCCCGUCAAACAACAGCUCCUCUUCCUCUGUGAAAACCGUUGCUCUUCCUGCCACUCCUGUUGUCAAGACGGCUCUGGUUGGUUUGGUGGACUACCCUGACGACGAGGACGAAGAGGAGGACGACGAGGAGGACGAGUCUCCCAGAAAGCGACCCCGCCUGAGCUCUUAAGGCCGACGACGGUCCUCUCUGGUUUGGCCACGGCGGACGGGCGUCAGGUCCCUCCCGCUCCCCGUCCUCCCCGGCUGUCUCAUUGGUCCUCGGCCUGCCGGCGCCACCUAGCGGUCCCUCUGAGGCGGCGCACGGAGCGAGACGAGCCUCCCGCCUUCCUCAGACCCCCGACUCUGCUCCUUGCUCCCUCUCUCUCUGGAAAGGAGGCGGAGAGCUUCUCUGGAAAAGACAGAUGGCGGUCUAUUUCUGUAGGCCGUUUUUUCAUUCUAUUUUUUUAACCCCCCCUCCCUUUUUAUUAAACAGAACCCUGUUUGGGGAAAUCAACGUUUCAUCAGCCUGAAGGAAGCUUUAUUGCUUUUUUACCCCGUUUUCCCCUCCACCUUUUUCUUUCCCCUCACCAUUCAGCCGUCAAACGUCAGACCUGGCAACCCCCCCGGUUCCGACGCCGCUCUUUCCCCGCCCGUAUUUCUGUGGCAUCAGCCAGGAAGCCAAAACCCGACCAGCCGGCGUACGGACUGCAGCUGGCCGCCCCCAGGCUAGCGGGACUAGCCCUCCAAGCUCGACUGGCUGGGUCUAACAGUGCCACCGCGUCAGAGGCGGCGGCAGAGAAACGUUAAACGAAGGGGGGAGGCGGCCAAUUGAAACCCGGACGAACAGUCGGCCGCGGCGCUGCUUAGCUCCAGUAGAGCGGGACUCGUCGUUUAAAAGCCACGGCAUCAGUUUGGGGCGAGGCACAGACGACACAAACGCGGCGUUUUUGCAGGGCUGGAGCCACAAGUCCUGCGUUUCAUGAGUUUGUUCUAGUACUGUAUAUAUGUUCCUUCUGUCCCUUUCUCACCAGUUUUCCCCCUGACGUGGUUUGGAAAGCGGCGCGACACGCCCACCUGCUUUAUGUUCACCCCACCUUUUGCAUUAUUUUUGUUGUCACAACACAAAAAGGGUGGGGCACCGGUCUGUUUGAUUUGAUUCACUGUAAACUUCAGCGAAGGUUCACAAUGUCGGUUUUAAGAUUCUUAAUUAAAACUGCGGCAAAGUCCCGUUUGCAGCCAGCGUCUCUGAGGAUUUCUGGAGUUAUGAAUUUUGCCCGUUCGGGUUCGGUGGCCUCUUUUCUGACCCACAGCCAAUAAUCUGCUCCGGUUCGGCUUCACCUGGGUGGCAGGCGUAAGCUCCGCCUUCCACCAGGUGGACCGUAGACUCAGAGAGCCAGAGCCGUGUAAUACUCGGAGCAGUUAAUGAUUGGGAACGUGUUUUCUUUCUUAAAAACUGCAGUUAAAUAAGUUGAAGGAAACAUUUGUUGCAGCGUUAAGGAGUCUGAUGGACGACGUUUCUCUAGUUCAGAUGAAUGAUUUGGGCCCCUUGGGUUGAGGCGCCAUCGCUUUUUUUUUUUUUUUUUUUUUUUUUUUGGAAUGAGUUUUACAGUCAAAACGCACAAAGUCAGAUGAAGGGAUUGAAAAGGAACGUGGGAAGAAAAGCAGCGGGGCGGGAACGAGUGGAAGGAUGGCCAACGGGCUCGUCUGGAGCGGAGCGGGGAACCCGGCUUUGCUCCGUUUCUGCCCUCCAAUUUGUACCAAGUGCAUUUAGUACCACUGUCCAUUCUUAACAUUUGUAUGACUUUAUUUGAUAAGUUUUGAAAUUAAAUGUGAUCCUGGCAUUGAA